UCUCUCUCUCUCUCUCUUUCUCUUUCUUUUUCUUCUUUUUCUUUUAAUACACAAACCAUUAUGCCUUUGAAUUCACCACCUUCCAGUGAUAAACAACACCAACAAAGAAUGAUGAUAGAAAGAUGUUCUACUUUAAAAAAGGCGUGUGAACAGUGCAGAAGACGUCGACGUGUCUGUAACUCACAACGUCCUUGUGCUCAUUGCACAGAAGAGAAUGUGGAUUGUGUUUACAGUGUUGUACCUGACCAUUCUCGUAGUGUGUUUUCAACUCAAGCGGCAAGAAGACUUUCUUCAGGCUCAGCAUGUGAGACUUGCCGCAGAAGAAAAACUAAAUGUGAUGGUGGCAAUCCUUGUAAUUUCUGUGCCACCAACAAUAUUGAAUGUGUAAACCAUUCGGAAAAGAGACAACAAAAGUCUAACCAAAAUACAAAGCAGCCUGUAGAGGCCAUGGAUAGAAUAGAAGAUAGACUAAGAAGGAUUGAGAGACUCAUGACUGCAUUCACACCCAGUCCUCUUUCUACUCAUCAUGAGAGUCAUAAGGUCAGACCACACCGUCACUCCGUACAAGGCAUCAAUGUCUCCAAAGAACAAGUCGACAUUAAGCGGCGGGGCUCGCCGUAUUCCUCAUCUAGCAGAUAUGGUUCACUGUCUCCACCACCUCCUCCACCACCAACAGCAGCAACAGCAGCAGCCUCAACGCCUGUAUCUAUCAUGCGACCUUCAAAUUCUCACACCAGUAUAGCCCAUUCCAUGUUAAACCUAUCGAUUUCCCCAUCCUCAUCCUCGUCUUCCUGUACAAACCAAAUUCCAUUCACAUCCACCUCCACACCUUCCCCCACAGGUGUGUGGCCCAUCUCACCUCCCCAUUCUUCUGGAGCUUCACAUCAUCUACCUAGUCCACCCAACUCGGCACGCAGCAAUAAUGAAUGGAAAACAUCGGGAACAAUACCAAGUUUGAUGGAUCAACUUUCAAAACGGACAUUCGCUACUUCUGCAGUAGAUUAUACACUGACACAUUAUCCCAUCUAUCCAUUAACUCCACCUCCAAGUCAAUCGCGACAAACAUCACCACCUAAUACAUAAAUUAUCCUUUUUUUUCUAAAAAAAAAAAAAAAAAAAAAA